ACACCAUUGGUAGAUUGGGAGAAAGUCGGACGUCGUCGAUUCGCUAUUGUUUAUUGUCACUCAAAUGUCUCUCCGCCAAAGCGUUAUGAAGCUUUUCUCGUCCUUGGUAUUUUUGUAGGUUAUAUUGAUAUUAGCACAAGAUCGAGUAAUUUAGCUGAAACUGUAGAGGCGGUAUAGUAACCUGCGUUGUUAUUCUACGGAGGAGGUGUAACCAUUCUUCCGCGGUUGCAGGGAUUUAAGCUGCGUUAACGUUAGUUGAGGCCUGGAAGUUUGUUAGCUAACGUCACACUUAACUAUUGGAACACAUCAGAUGAUACAGCCUAUCCUGUCGUGAGGCCCUUAACCCAGAAUGCACUCUGACCUGUCACCUCACCUGCACACUGAUGAGUGCAAUGAACUAAUAAGUCUUUUGAGGCAGUGCCACACAGAGCACAGUGUCCUGAAGUUCUUUGGCACGUGCAAUGAUGCAGACCGUGCUAUGCGUAACUGCCUGAAGACAGAGAGACUGGAAAAGCAGGCAAAAAGCAGGCAGCAUGCACAAGAGAUGAAAAGGAAGCUGAAAGCUGCGUCCAAGGAGCAUCCCUGAGGGGCAUUUUACUGCAACUUUGCUCCUGGAACUGCAA